CAGGGUAUUUCUUGCAAGUAUUGUUCUGCCUCUUGGCCUCUGCAAGUGCCAGUGCCAGUAUCUGGCGAGGACGCCAAACUCAUCUCUCACAAGGCGGACCCUCGUUUGCAUAGUGCAACAACGCCGGCAUCAGCACCAGCGCAGCACCAACGCCAUCGCCAUCACCAUGGCGUCCCAAGCGAACAAUCGCGGUCUCUAUGCCCUUGCUCUGGAAGAGCGAGCCUUUGACAUGGGCCAAGCAAAGCUCGAGGAGCUCAGUCAGCGCCUGAUCGAUGCCGACUCCGACAUCAAAGAGCAGCUCUUUUCUCUGGUGAACGGCUACAAAGCCACAUGCCAGCGUCUGGCUGCCCGCCGCGCUCAGAUUAUACUCGAAAUGUCGCUUGAAACCCCAAACGCGGCUCAGAGGCUUGAGGGGGACAAGCGCUAUCUCGUUUCAGUGCCAGAACAAGUGGUCUUCGAUCAGGGCGGGGUGCUCAUUGCAUACAUGCCUGCCGAGGAGCCAAAUCAUCUAGGGCAGAAUGGCCCGGCCAUACAUCCCGCUGAUGGAGAUAAGGGCCAUCCUGAAGUCAAGCGUGAACAGCCUGACGUCGAAGCGUUCAACCCGCCAGCUGCUCGACUCCCGAUCCACAACCAAGACCAGUCGAAUAAUAUCGAAGAUCACGCCCCAAAGAACGCCGCACCCGAGAACGUCGCAGCCGAGAACGUUGCCCCCGCCUUGCCCACGGGUGGCCUCCGCCAAAGGCAUCAAGCUCCUCACCUGGUGUAUUCCGAGAAACGCAGUCCGACACUGCAGCCCCCGAUCGAGAGGUCCAAGAUAGCGAACUAUUGGGUCUUCGACUACACAUUUAAGCAACAGCAGUACCUCUUCAUAAUGAGGUGUCCGUCCCCCAACUGCCAGAAUGCGAUAUUCACUCACCACCCGCUCAAGAGAAACAGGGCGGCGGAUCAUUUCCGCGCGUGUGGCAUGCAUUUCAGAAACGAGAGGGAUAUGGUUCAGCGCUAUGCUCGACAAGUGGUAACGGGUCGCAAAGACCGGGUGCUUAGGCAGGCUUGGGCGCGGAUGCAUAACCAGAGGCUGUUGGCAGCGGACGAGAUGCAUCUAGACGAGGAGAACCUCUAGGACAAAUAAGCACAAGGGGUCAAAAAAGAAGAGGGGGAAAUGGAAUAAAAAAGUAGUUUGGAAAAAGAAACGGAAAGUUGCCCUCCAUCAACAUCCACGCCACCGUUGCUAUCACCACUGCUGUCGCUCUUGCCCUGCCGUCGCCAUUGCCAUUACCGUCGCUGUCUAUCGUUAUUGCUGUCGCUGUCUAUCGCUG